AUGUCGACCACAGGAGGUGCAGCAGAAACCGGUGCGAACGGCUCGGUAGCUUCGGCGCAGGCGGCCGUGUUUGUCCAAUCGCAACCGCUGCCUGCCGACACACCUCAGGUGGUGGGACCGGAUUUCGAGCAUCAAGAUCCAAAUGAUCUGCUCAGAUUGCUCGAAAGCAUGUCCAAAGUGGGAUUUCAGGCAAGCAGCGUCUCGAAAGCCAUCGAGAUUGUCCAAGAGAUGCGACAAUGGCGUCUCUCGAACGAUGCUGCCUACCUCGCUUCUGAGGACGCGGACAAGCCGAGCCUGAGCGAUGCACAAAACACACAAUGUCGCAUCUUUCUCGGCUUUACGUCCAAUCUGGUUUCGUCGGGACUGAGAGAGGUGAUCAAGUUUCUCGUCAAGAACAAGAUGGUGUCGGCACUGGUCACAACAGCAGGAGGCAUCGAAGAGGAUCUGAUCAAGUGUCUCGGCCCUACAUACCUCGGCGACUUUGCGCUCGAUGGCGCCACACUACGUAAGCAGGGCCUUAACCGUAUCGGCAACUUGCUGGUUCCCAACGACAACUACUGCAAGUUUGAAGACUGGGUCAUGCCGAUUCUAGAUGCCAUGCGAGCAGAGCAAGGCGACAAUGUCUCCCAUGCAUGGUCACCCAGCCGCGUCAUCGAACGACUGGGCAAGGAAAUCAACGACGAGAGCAGCAUCCUCUACUGGGCGGCCAAGAACCAAAUUCCCGUCUUCUGCCCUGCUCUCACCGACGGCAGCCUGGGUGAUAUGAUCUACUUUCACUCGUACAAGAACCCGGGCCUUACCAUUGAUCUCGUCAAGGACAUUCGCAGGUUGAACGACCUUUCCGUCAAAGCACCCAAGGCAGGCAUGAUCAUCUUGGGAGGAGGCGUAUGUAAGCAUCAGAUCGCCAAUGCCAUGCUCUUCCGAAACGGAGCCGACUUUAGUGUUUACAUCAAUACCGGCCAGGAGUUUGACGGCUCCGACUCGGGCGCUAGGCCCGACGAGGCGGUGAGCUGGGGCAAGAUCAAGUCGGCGGCCAACGGUGGUAAGAGUGUCAAGGUGUACUGCGACGCCACCAUCAUCUUUCCCAUGAUUGUUGCAGCGACGUUUGCUAAGGCCUACUGGGCCGAGCGCGAGUUGGCCAACUAG